CAUGACCAAAAUGGCAGGUGGCAACACAACAGUGUUACCUUUCUGCAAAUGUCACACGCAUGCAUAUGUUUUUUUCUUCUUCUUGGAAAGCGAAAAACAAGGGUCCAUAAAAAUGAAACCUUAAAAACCAUUUUUCGCUCGUUGGCAUUACCUUAAUUUCUUCCUAAUUAUCAAAUAAAUUUCAAGCUUUCAUUUUUUUUCUUCUUGUGAACAUGAUUUUUGGCAAUGAAGGGAAACAUUUUGUUGGACUUUAGGAUUCAACAAGAAAUCCCAUUUGAUAUUUCCCCUAGUUAUAACCAUUAAGUAUUGUUUUUUGUUGUCUAUGUUAACAAGGACAGCUUUUUGAUUGCUCUCUUCGGCUUGUUUUGGAUUUUACUCAGUUGGGAUUUCAUUGUUUUCAUCAAAGAUUUGACAAGAAUGAUGCAAUCUUAGUGGCCUGGGGAUUUAUUGUUGAGAAGGUAGGGUGACAAUGAGGGGGUUCGUAAGUGGAUUUGUAUUGCCUAUGCUGCUCUUGGCAGCUGCCUUGUUCAAUUGGAGUUUGAUAUCUCUGGCCGAUCUGUUAGCCUUUCUUUUCAUUCAGCAUAGUGCACCAAAAAACGGCUUGCGAUCUCGAAGACGAUCCCUUGUUCCAUGGUGUACUCUUACCCUUUCCUCACUGGCUAUUCUUUCAAGUGCAACAUUUCAUAUUAUCUGGGCUAUUAAGGGGGAUGAUUGGAGUGUUGCUGAUGCUCAGUGGGUCAAGUUAGUUGGUUUCCGAAGUGUUCAGACCUGGGGGUCUCCAUCUCUGCUGUAUUUUUUGGUAAUCCACGUAUUGGCAGCUUUUGCCGCAGUAAUUGAAAUCCACAGGAGCAGAUUUGAUCAGGUUCUAUGGAAUUCUCCAGAGAUAACUAUAGGUUCUCAUCUCAGGGUUUUAUGCUGCUUAUUGUUGCCUGCUGUACAGUUGGUUGUGGGAAUUAGUCACCCGUCUUGGGCAUCUUUACCAUUUUUCAUUUGUAGCUGUAUUGGACUAGUCAACUGGUCUCUAACAAGCAACUUUCUGGGCCUAUUCCAGUGGUGGAGGUAUCUUUUCAUUUAUGCAGGCUUGAACAUUUUCCUGCUGUAUGUAUACCAACUUCCCAUCGAGGUUUCUGGGACGAUUGAAUGUGUAGCUGGUUUCAUUGGUCUCUAUAAAAUACCUGCACGACCAGAGCUUUCAGAAAUUUGUUCUGGUCUUUCACUUCUACUUUUCUACAUUAUGCUAUCCUGGAUCAGAUGUGAUCUGACAGAAAUGAAUUUCAUCAUGUCAACAAGAGAAAACAAUUUGAAUGAGCGAUUGCUUCCCCUUAAGCAUUCGUUUUUCAUUUCUGAAUCGAGAUCUGGUGCAAGGAACACCAAUGUGUUGUUGAGAGGAGCAGUUUUCCGGACCUUUAGCGUUAACUUUUUUACUUAUGGUUUUCCGAUUUCCUUGUUUGCUCUGUCAUUUUGGAGUUUUCAUUUUGCAAGUUUAUGUGCAUUCGGACUACUUGCUUAUGUUGGUUACAUUCUAUAUGCAUUCCCUUCACUGUUCCGCUUGCACCGAUUAAAUGGUCUGCUGCUUGUUUUCAUUCUCCUAUGGGCCACCAGCACCUAUAUCUUCAACGUGGCAUUUACAGUCCUAAAUAAGAAAAUGUGGAAGGAUGUGGAAAUUUGGGAAACUAUUGGCUUAUGGCAUUACCCGAUUCCGGGAUUUUAUCUCCUUGCACAAUUUUGUCUUGGUGUCCUUGUUUCUUUGGUCAAUCUGGUGAACAAUUCUGUUUUCCUCUACUUGUCAGAUGAGGAUAGGGAGCUUUCAAAUCAUGAUUUUGUAGUUGAAGAGAGUGAAGAAACCAAAGUAAUGAUUGUUGCUACAAUAGCAUGGGGACUUCGCAAAAGCUCCCGUGCUAUAGUACUGUUGCUGAUAUUUCUUAUUGCAUUGAAACCAGCAGGCUUCAUUCAAUCUGUAUAUAUGAUUUUCUUUCUGAUAUAUCUGUUAAGCCACUUGAUCAGCAGAGAGAUACGCCAAUCCCUGGUUCUUCUAUGUGAGGCACAUUUCGCAAUGUUGUACAUUCUCCAGCUUAAACUGAUAUCAGAAGUCUUGAAACAGAAAUUCUCAUUUACUACGGAACUUCUUUCACAAUUAGGUUUUCUUAGUCAAACUAGCACUGGGGAUUUCUUGAAGAUCAUAGCGCUUGCAUGCAUUUGUACCAUCCAUAAUCAUGGAUUUGAAAUGUUGUCCUCAUUUUCAGCAGUUGUGCAGAAUACUCCUUGCACUCCAAUUGGGCUUUCCAUCUUGAGAGCUGGUCUAAUCAAAUCGGUUCUGUUAUCAAUUCAUACAUCAAGAUCCAGACAGAACCACGAUAAUAACUCCUCUCAUGAGAAAAAGAUAGUAUCAUUUCUCAAUGCAAUUGGACAAAAGUUUCUUUCAGUAUAUCGAUCAUGUGGAACCCCCAUUGCCCUUCUGACAAUUCUUCUUUCGGUGUACCAAGUAAGACCUAAUUUUAUUUCCUUUGGCUACCUGUUCUUCCUUCUACUGUGGGUGAUUGGAAGACAACUUGUGGGGAAGACAAAAAAGCGCCUUUGGUUACCACUGAAAGUUUAUGCAGUUGUGGUGUUUAUUCUCAUUUAUGGCUUGAGUGUCUUCUCCAGUUUUCGCACAUGGUUGUCCAGGAUGGUUGAUGUUUCUUUUGCCUUUGCAUAUAAACCAGAAGCUUCCAUUUUGGAAAAUAUAUGGGAGUCCCUUGCUGUGUUGAUUGUGAUGCAACUUUAUAGUUACGAGAGGAGGGAAAGCAAGAACUCACAAUCACGUUAUGUUAAUGCACCAAAAAAAUGUUCCCUUAUAUUUAUGAAACGUCUUCUGAUCUUGCACAGUGAGAAGAUAUUAAGUCUUUCCCUUUUCUAUGCAUCUCUGUCCCCUUUAAGCAUAUUUGGUUUUCUAUAUCUUGUUGGCUUGGUUGUUUGUUCAACUUUACCCAAGUCUUCUAGGAGCCCAUCAAAACUGUUCAUCGUUUAUUCAGGACUUCUUGUGAUGAUUGAGUAUCUUUUCCAGUUAUUCAUUGACCAGGACAAAAUUUUCUCUGGUCAAAAGCAGUCUUCUCUGUUUCUUUUCCUUGGAUUGCAGCUCUACAAGCCUUCGUUCUCGGGUCUAGAAUCAGGCUUGAGAGGAAAAGUUUUGGUUAUUGCUUCAUGUAUACUUCAGUACAAUGUCUUCCGUUGGUUGGAAAAGAGACCGUGCAGUUUUGGAAAUGUUAGAAAAGGGGAGGAGCCUUGUGCUUUGUUUGGUACAUCAGAAGAGGUCUCAAGUGAAACAACAGAAAGUAAGCUAUCAACAGCUGCUAGCGUCCUUUCAGCUAGCGUCCUUUCAGAAAAAAGAAAAGACGCAAGACGCAACUCAUGGCCAUCUCUCAGCACUUUUGUACCUCAGGGGCCAGAUCCUACAUCCUAUGAAACUGGGGUCACUGAAAGCUACACACAAAAAUAUUUAUGCGUCUCUGGAAGUUCCAGAGGUGGCCAUAAGUUGAAUAGAAAGAGGAUUCGUAUCUUGAGAAAAGAGAGACUUCACAUGCAGAUUGCUACUUUAAAAGUGUUCCUGAAGUUUUGGAUAGAGAACAUGUUCAAUGUCUAUGGUCUUGAGAUUAACAUGAUUGCAUUACUUCUUGCCAGCUUUUCCGUGCUAAAUUUCAUCUCUUUGCUCUAUGUUGCAUCACUGGCUACUUGCAUUCUGCUACCUCGGGGCAUCAUACAAAAACUGUGGCCCAAAUUUGUGGUCUUAUUUGGUUCUGUUAUAACCCUUGAGUACUUGGCAAGUUGGCAGACAUCCUGGAAACAACAUGCCCUAGGUGAUGUAGAGGUGCCUUGCAAUGACUGUUGGAGAAGCUCCGAUAUGUACUUCAACCGUUGCAAAAAAUGCUGGUUAGGAACCUUGGUCGAUGAUCCUCGAAUGCUCAUCAGCUAUUAUUUGGUUUUCAUGCUAUCAUGUUUCAAAUUUCGAGCUGAUCGCUUGUCCAGUUUCUCAGUGUUAGAGACAUAUCAGCAAAUGAUGUCCCGUUACAAGAAUUCAUCACUGAGUGACCUCUCAUUUGAAACAAAAUGCUUGUGGACUAUUCUUGACUACCUGAGGCUUUAUAGUUAUUGCCACUUGCUGGAUCUUGUUCUUGCUUUGAUUUUAAUUACAGGGACACUUGAAUUUGAUAUUCUACACCUUGGAUAUCUUGGUUUUGCUUUGGUUUUUUUCCGUAUGAGGCUUGAAAUACUUAAGAGGAAGAAUGAAAUCUUCAAGUUCUUGCGGAUGUACAACUUCGCUCUUAUUGUUCUUUCUCUUGCGUAUCAAUCCCCUUUUGCUGGGGACUUCUGCGAGGGGAAUUGUGAAACAAUUGAUUACAUAAGUGAGGUGGUUGGAUUUCAUAAAUAUGAUUAUGGGUUCCGAAUUACUUCCAGAUCUGCCCUUGUUGAGAUUAUCAUAUUUAUGCUGGUAGCACUACAGUCAUUUAUGUUUGCAGCCCAGGAUUUUGACCAUGUGUCUCGGUAUCUUGAAGCAGAGCAGAUUGAUACCAUAAUAAAAGAGCAAGAAAAGAGGGCCGCUUGGAAAACUGCACAAUUGCACCAGAUCCGUAAAUCAGAAGAGCAAAAGCGCUUGCGUAAUUUGCAAGUGGAAAAGAUGAAAUCAGAAAUGCUUAACCUUCAAACCCAACUUCGCAGCUUAAAUACUUGUGCGAAUUGUGGUGACAUUCAAAAUGAAGGCAUUAGACGGCGGAGAAAUAGUUCUCUAAAUGCAGAUGCAGGGAAUAGCAUCCUGGAGAAUCUGGAAAUCAAUUUUAGGAAGCAACCAGUUAACUUGAGUUCUGAUUUAAUAUAUUCUUUUGAUAUGAAUGAGUCUCUUAGAAGUGAAAGAUUUGGAAGCUCAUCCGCAGUGAACUCUAGAAAUCAUUCAAUGGAUUUUCUUGGUGACGUCAUAUUGUUAAAUAAUAGAGCUGCUAGUUAUCAGUGCUGGGAUUCACAUAAAAGGGAUGGAGAAAGGUUCCGAGUAAAGACAAACCCACUAGUCUCAGUAGUGCAUCUGUUCAGUGAUGGUGUUUCUCAAGCAAAAUCUGUUGGUAAGAUGGCUGUCUCCAACCUUGUGACUUUCUUUAACAUAAAACAUGAAGAACCUGAUUCAAGUGAUGAUUCCUCUGACGGUGAUGUGUACUAUGAAAUAGAGAAUCAGAAUAUAGGUUCUGAACCUAUUGAACGAGCAUUUUCCACACAAUCUGAUAGUGUGCAGACUACUUCUGCAUACCGGCAAAUUCAGAUGAUCCUCCUUUACAUGUGGGAGCAAAUGCGAUCAAACAAUGAUAUUGUUUGUUACUGUUGCUUUGUCCUAAUAUUCCUAUGGAACUUCAGUUUGCUGUCAAUGGUUUAUCCUGCAGUCCUCUUCUUGUAUGCACUCUGUGUAAAUACUGGUCCACUUAGCAUGUUCUGGGUUAUUAUGCUGAUUUACACUGAGAUGUGUAUAUUUGUUCAAUAUCUAUAUCAAAUCAUCAUCCAACACUGUGGAUUGACCUUCAAUAUUAGUUUGCUUCAGGAAUUAGGAUUUCCUACACAUAAGAUCUUGUCAUCUUUUGUAAUCAGCAACUUGCCUCUUUUCUUGGUCUAUUUAUUUACUCUCCUACAAACCUCCAUAACUGCAAGAGACAGAACAAUUACUGAUGCCCGCUCUCAGAAGAGAAGAAACAAUUUCCAGGAAGAGGUGGUUCAGGGUUGCAUGAUGAGAAUAGAAACGCUGCUUUUGUCUGCUAAAAAUGUUCUGAAGCGGCUGAUUAGAAGUCUGUUCAGGUAUUGGAAAUCUCUCACACAGGGAGCAGAAACUCCACCUUACUUUGUACAAGUGUCAAUGAAAGUUGAUGUGUGGCCUGAGGAUGGCAUUCAGCCAGAGAGAAUUAAAUCAGGAAUAAACAAGCUGCUCAAGGUUAUGCAUAAUAAAAGAUGCCAGAAGAAAAAUCAUUUGCACUCAGUCAGCAAUAUCCGUGUCCAAAGCAUUGAAAGAAGUCCUGAAAAUGAUAAUAUUGCUCUGGCUGUUUUUGAGGUGCUUUGUGCCUCUCCCUUGACAGGAUGCACCAAUGUGGAUCUUUACAAAUCACUAACUCCAGCAGCUGAUGUAGCCUAUGAGAUUCUAGAAGCUCAACGCGCUGGUAUUGUUAAGGAAAUAAGAUUUCCUUACCCAAUACUAUCAGUGAUUGGCGGAGGAAAAAAAGAUAUUGAUCUUUAUGCCUACGUGUUUUGUGCAGAUUUGGCUGUCUUCUUCUUGGUAGCCAUUUUCUACCAAUCAGUCAUAAAAAACAACAGUGAAUUUCUUGAAGUUUAUCAGCUUGAAGAUCAAUUUCCAAAAGAGUUUGUUUUUAUCUUAAUGGUGAUCUUUUUCUUAAUUGUGCUCGAUCGUGUUAUAUACCUUUGUUCAUUUGCCACCGGAAAAGUCCUCUUCUAUCUCUUUAAUCUUGCUCUCUUCACAUACUCAGUCACAGAGUAUGCUUGGUACACAGAGCCACAACAUAGGCAUGCUGGAAGAUUAGUCCUCCGAGCUAUCUAUCUCACAAAGGCAAUUUCUCUGGCUCUUCAGGCAACACAAAUACGAUUUGGAGUUCCACAUGAAAGCACUUUGUACAGACAGUUUUUGACAAGUAGUAUCUCACGAAUUAACCAUAUGGGCUUUCGAGUUUAUCGUGCUCUGCCGUUCCUUUAUGAAUUACGAUGUGUUCUUGAUUGGUCUUGCACAACUACAUCUUUGACCAUGUAUGACUGGUUGAAGUUAGAGGAUAUUCAUGCAAGCUUGUUUCUUGUCAAAUGUGAUGCGGUUCUGAAUAGAGCAAAACACCGACAAGGAGAGAAGCAACCGAAGAGGACAAAAUUCUGCAAUGGGAUAUGCUUAUUUUUUGUAUUGCUGUGUGUUAUAUGGACUCCUAUUUUGAUGUACAGCAGUGGUAACCCCACUAACAUUGCUAACCCUAUCAAAGAUGCAAGCAUUCACAUUGAUAUAAAGACACUUAGUGGAAGACUUACAUUAUUUGAGACAACUUUGUGUGAAAAGAUCUCGUGGGAUGAACUUGAUUCACAUGAUGAUUUGGAUCCACAAGGCUAUCUAAGUGAAUUUAAUGAGAAAGACAUCCAAUUAAUAUGCUGCCAAGCUGAUGCUAGCACAUUGUGGCAUGUCCCCCCGGUGGUCCAGACCAGAUAUAUGAGAUCUCUUAGAUCGAACAUGGACAUCAUCUUUUCCUGGCAAUUAACAAGAGAUCGGCCUAAAGGAAAGGAAGUCGUGAGAUAUGAAUUAAUUGUUCAAGAUGAGGACCUUCCAACGUACUCAGAAGUAAUGGAAGUGCUAAAUGGCACUACCAAUAGCUUCAGAAUAUUUAAUGUUUAUCCAAGAUACUUUCGUGUCACUGGAUCUGGUGAAGUGCGGUUGCUCGAACAGUCGGUAGAUCUUGUCAGCGGGGAUCUUGUUCUUAAUCGUGGGAAUCCAGAAUGGUGGUCUUUCCAUGAUAUUGAUGUGUCAUCUGGAUGUGGCCAGUUUGGAGGACCUAUGGCUAUUAUUGUAUCCGAGGAAACACCACAGGGCAUUCUUGGUGAAACACUAAGCAAGUUCAGUAUCUGGGGUCUCUACAUUACCUUUGUGCUUGCAGUUGGCCGUUUUAUCAGACUGCAGUGUGCUGACCUAAGAAUGAGAAUACCCUUCGAGAAUCUUCCUUCUUGCGACAGGUUGAUGGCGAUAUGUGAGGAUAUUUAUGCAGCAAGAGCAGAGGGUGAGCUUGAAGUUGAAGAGGUUCUUUAUUGGACACUGGUGAAAAUUUAUCGGUCUCCACAUAUGUUGCUUGAAUACACCAAGCCUGACUAGGUCUUCAGAAGGUGCAAUAUCAAGUCACCUGCAACCACGCCAACCUGAAAUGCUGAAAUUUCUCACUAACUUGACUGAGAGACCAGGAAAAAUUGCAGAUGGGAUUUUGAUUCUUCUGGCAAUGCUGCUGGUCUGCUAAUCAAAUGGAAGGAGCUCACUACAUUUUAUAGCCUUAUUUCCUUUCUCUGGAGGAUUUCCCAUGUCUUGAUGCAAGGUUGUUGAGCAACCAAAGAUAGGAACCACUAUAGCCCCAUGUAAAUUUUGUUAGGCUUCAUGCAACAGAAAUUUUUUCUUGACAAAGGAAAUUCCAAACUUCGAACUCAUAGUCAAGCAAAUUGUAUCUGACAAUUUUCUGUCAUUCUGAAAUGAUGAGUUCCAUUUUUGGGACUGUAUUUCUACU